AUGUCACCAAAGGCCCGCGUGCUCUUAGUUGGAGCGGGAGGAAUUGGGACCAUUGCCGCACUCAAUCUUGAGCGCGGAGGACUGGCCGAAGUCACCUGUGUCUUGCGGUCUAACUAUGAAGCCGUCAGAAGCCGGGGAAUUGAAAUUAUCUCGUGCGAGCACGGUCAUAUAAAGAAUUGGCGGCCGACUGCAGUUCUGAAUGUGAUUCCUCGCGUCUGUAGCGAGGACCAUAGUACCCUCUUCGACUAUAUUGUCUGCACCACCAAGAACAUCCCAGGCGUCACACCCUCGAUAUGCGAGACUAUUGCCCCUGCAGUGAGGCCAGGCCAUACAGUGAUUGUCCUCAUCCAGAAUGGACUAAACAUCGAAAAGCCAUUCCUGUCGCGUUUCCCGCAGAACGUCAUUCUCUCGGGGGUGAGCCGAUGCGACGCUCAUGAAAUCGCCCACGGAGUGAUCGAACAGAAAGAGGACGAUGACCUGCACAUUGCCGCCUUUCACAACCCGCUUCUUGACCAAGAAACCCAGCAAAAAGCCGCAGAGCAGUUUGUGCAGAUCUACGGUGCCGGAGGCAAGACCAACGUGCGACAUGAGCCAAACUGGGAGCGAGAUCGCUGGAGCAAGCUGGUGUACAAUGCCACCUUGAACCCCAUCUGCGCGCUGACGGGGGUCAAUACAGGAGAUCUCCAGAUUGCGGGGGGUGCUUUCGAUCGCCUGGUUAUUCCUGCUAUGCAGGAGGUGGUGAAAGUAUCCAAGGCUGUGGGGGUGGAACUACCUGACGAUAUCAUUGAGACGACGAUUCGUAAGAAUCCGGUGGAGAGGAAGAUUGCUCCUAGCAUGCAAAAAGACAUGGAAAAGGGCAAUCUACUUGAGCAUGAAAAUCUCAUCGGCGAGGUGGUCCGCGAAGCUCAGAAACAAGGCGUUGCCAUACCUGUCCUGUCUGUUCUGUACGAGCUCUGCUCCGCUAUUCAAUGGCGGGUGGCCAAGGAGAGAGGCAUGAGAAUAGCAUAA